AUGCGGGCUGCCGAGACCUUGGCGAGGACAGCAGAGGGCACAAGGGAUGUGCACAGCGAAAGGGAAGAGCGGGCAGAGGGGAGGGAGGAGGAUCGGAGAGGGGAAAUGGAGCGGAGAGGGGAAGCGGAACGGAGAGGGGAAACAGAGCGGAGAGGGGAGAUGGAGCGGAGAGGGGUGGGGGGCGAGCGCAGGAGGCUGAUGGCUUACGAGUCAUGGCGGCACAAGCUCAAGGACCAGAUGGCCCGCCUGCAUGCCAAGGGGACCAGUGUGGACGAGAAACGGAAGGAGCUGCGGAGGGCGAACAGUGAGAAGAUGCAGCUGGACAAGCGCAUUGAUGAGAGCGAUAUUGACUGGGAGGCCCGCCUGCUGCCCAAAUCCGUGAUGGACAAGGCGCGUGAGGUGGUGGCGUCGUGCCAUGGCGAUGGCAUGGUGGUGUCCUCGCCCGUGCCCACAUGGAAGGCGUAUGCAUGCGACGCCACGGAAGACGAGCUGCUGCGCUACCUGGACUACGAGCCGCGGCGCAUGUGUCCCGACGACUGGUUUGACUCGCAGGACCUGCUCUUUACCAAGAAUUGUUUUGCUCUGCCCGUACGCCACUGCCUCACCCGCACGCCCCAGAAACUGGUGGAGCCCACGCCAUUCCCCGAGUCCCUCUUCAGCCAGAGUGCUCUCAAAAACGGUGCAGUGCGGUGGGCGCUGCACCACUGCAAGUCCUUCGCCUGCCUGAACGCGCGCCUCAUCGGGGACUGUCGCCUGUGCUUCAACAUGAGCAUCGAGCGCAACCGCUGGCACCGCCACUUCCGUGGAUCUCUGUCCAUCGAGGAGGUGGUGGGCAUGAUGAAGGGGUCGCUCAGGAUCGGGCUGGACGCGGGUGGCGGCACGGGCAGCUUUGCGGCGCACAUGGCUCGGUACAACGUGACAGUGCUCACCACAGCCAUGAACAUUGAGACUGUCACGGGCCGCCGCCAGGGCCUGCCAUACAUGGAGACCAUCGCCCUGCGCGGCCUCAUUCCGCUGCACGUGCCGCACAAGGGCCUGCCGUACAUGGAGACCAUUGCCCUGCGCGGCCUCAUUCCGCUGCACGUGUCGCACAAGGGUGUAGCAACGGCUACCCCUGAUGGACAACACGUUGGACCUGGUGCACUGUGUGAACAGCAUCAAGUGAAGGUCCCUCUCCUCGCACCCUCCCCUCCUCCAGUCCCCUCCUCCCCCCAUCUGACCGACUACCCCCUACAGCAACGGCUACCACUGAUGGACAACACGUUGGACCUGGUGCACUGUGUCAGCGGCAUCAAUUACCUGCCCUGCCCAUGCAGGAGCUUUGAGUCGACCCAAAAGGCCCCUCUCCCCGCUCCCUCUCCCCCUCCGUCUCCCCUCCCGCAGCAACGGCUGCCACUGUUGGACAACACAUUGGACCUAGUGCACUGUGUGAACAGCAUCAAGUACCUGCCCAUGCAGGAGUUUGAGGAGCUGCUCUUCGACUGGGACCGCGUGCUCAGAGUCGGCGGCGUGCUGUGGUUUGAGAUGUUCUAUGCACCUCUAGACGAGAUGCCGGUGUACGUGGCACUGAUCAGUGCACUGGGCUACAAGCGCCUCUACUACCACGUGCUGCCCAAGCCCGACGUGGGGGAGCAGCUCGGCGCACACAUGUACCUCAACUGCCUGCUUGAGAAGCCCGUGCGCCUCGACCCUCCCAAGAGAACAGGCUGGUUGUUCUAG